AAAUGUUAAGAAUUGUAACAUUGUACACAUUCAUACUAAUUUGCAAUUCGCAAUCAUUGUCUAAUGGGGUAAAUGAAGUUGCAAAUUCAUUCGUAGAUCUUUCUAGUGCUCUACACGCUUUACUAAACAAGGUCCCUGUGAAUAGAAAAUAUGAUUAUUGUUUUGGCAAUUAUACGAAUGGAUUCAAUGGUUUUAUUAACCAUAUGACUGGUCUUCUGCCGAUGAGUCCCAAUCAAAUGGACGUGAAGUUCCUGUUAUUCACGUGCAAUAAUCGGGAUAACUCUCAAAACCUAACUUACCUGUCCCAACCUAACGAGUGGACAGCCGCCGGCUUUAACAUUAGUGCCAGGACCAAAUUUAUCGUUCACGGCUGGCUUGAAAAGUACCCUGGUGGAAUUCAAUCAGAUUGGUAUAAUUGGAUGGAGCAAAUGAAAAACGUAAUUUUGAACAACUCGUGCGCUAAUGUCGUGGCAAUCGAUUGGUAUAAACCAGCAAGUACAUCGUAUUUAAUCCAAUCGGUGUCCAAUACUAAAAUUGUGGGACAAAUGAUUGGUUGUGUAAUCAAUAGACUGUCCGCUAAUUUAGGUGUUGAUCCGCAAGACAUUCAUCUGAUUGGUCACAGUUUAGGAUCACAUGUGGUGGGCUUUGCGGGCAAACACGUAACCAACCCUAACGUAGGUCAUAUCACGGCAACUGACCCUGCUGGACCCGGCUUUAUUGGACAGCCUCCUCACAACAGAUUAGCUGUCGGUGACGCCAGCUUUGUUAGCGUCAUUCAUACGAAUGGCAUUCCAAUCAAUGGUUUACCUGUAAUCCAAGGUCAGGGUUAUUCGGAAGCUCUGGGAAAUAUUGAUGCUUAUGUUAAUGGAGAUGUAAAGAAAAAGAUCCUCUGUAAUCACAUCCGCUCUAACUAUUAUGCGAUUACCGAUCAGUCCGACCCUCAAAGCACAGGCUGUCAACCCAUUGCCUAUAAGUGCGACUCGUAUGACAACUUCUUGAGGGGUCUGUGCGCUGACGGCAGUGAUAGUCUUCCCAUGGAAUUGGAUCUCAAUUAUUGGGACAACAAAUCCAAUUGGGAUACGACUGACACCAACAAUAAGUAUUACAUCAAUACUGGAAACGUGUUGGAACCU